ACCACCCGCCGCGCGGCCUCGUCGGUCAGCCGCCGCGCGGCCUCGUCGUCCGCGGUAGCCUUUGAUGUCGACGGCGUGCUGGUGCGCGGCGGCGCGACGGUGCCCGCGGCGCCCGGUGCGCUGAAAGCGCUCGAGGCCGCGGGGAUCCCCUUCCUCUUCAUGACCAACGGCGGCGGCACGGAGGAGGGCGCGCGCGCCGCGGGCUUCGCGAAGCGCUUCGGCGUCGCCGUCGAGCCCUGGCAGGUCUGCCAGAGCCACACGCCCAUGCGGGCCCUCGCGGAGAACCACGGCGACGAGAACGUGCUCCUGGUCGGCAAGAAAUACGGCAACCUCCGCGAGAUCGCCGAGGCCUACGGGUUCCGCAGCGCCGUGACCGUCGAGGCCUUCCACGCCGCCUUCCCGCUGCUCUACCCCGACGCGCCGCCCGUCGCGGGCGCGCCGCCGCCGCCGGACGGCUGGUUGGAGAGGCCCUUCGGCGCGGUCCUCGCCAUGACGGACCCGCUGCUCUGGGGCCGCGAGCUCCAGGUCGUCUGCGACGUCCUGCGGAGCGGCGGGGUCCCGGCGGGCGACCUCGGCGCCGGCGCGGCGCCCGCGGCGUCGCAAAACGUGCCCUUGUAUUCUUCCUGCGCGGACUUUCUCUACGCCGCGGAGCACCCCGCGCCCCGCUUCGGCUCCGGCGCCUUCCUGACGGCGCUCGACGCGACCUUCGCCGAGCUCGCGGGCUCGGCGCUGGCCAAGGUCGACUACGGCAAGCCCCACGCGGUCUCCUACGACUACGUCGCGGCCGUCCUCGGCGCGCGCGCCGGCGGGCUGGACCGCGUCUUCAUGGUCGGCGACAACCCGCUGACGGACAUCGCGGGCGCGAAGCGCGCCGGCGACCCCUGGUCGUCCAUCCUCGUCGAGAGCGGCAUGUGGCGG